CCCCCUCCCCACCUCUUCCUCCUCCUCCUUCCAGGGCGCAUGAGAGAUGUCUGCCACCAGCGUUGACCCCCAGAGACCGAAAGGACAAGAUAAUAAAGUGCAAAAUGGUUCACUUCAUCAGAAGGAUACAGUUCAUGACAACGAUUUUGAGCCUUAUCUUUCUGGACAGUCAAAUCAGAAUAACAGCUAUCCAUCAAUGACAGAUCCGUACUUGUCCAGUUAUUACCCGCCUUCUAUUGGCUUUCCUUACUCUCUCAGUGAAGCGCCGUGGUCAACUGGAGGAGACCCUCCCAUCCCAUACCUCACGACCUAUGGACAGCUCAGUAAUGGCGACCAUCACUUCAUGCACGAUGCUGUUUUCGGACAGCCCGGGGGACUGGGGAACAACAUCUACCAACACAGGUUUAAUUUUUUCCCUGAGAACCCAGCUUUCUCGGCUUGGGGGACAAGCGGCUCCCAAGGGCAGCAGACUCAGAACUCGGCUUACGGGGGUAGCUACAGCUACCCGCCCAGCUCUCUGGGCGGUACGAUCGUCGACGGCCAGACAGGAUUUCACAAUGAUACUUUGAACAAAGCUCCUGGGAUGAACAGCAUCGAGCAGGGAAUGGUUGGGCUGAAGAUUGGCGGGGAUGUCGCCACCUCCGCCGUGAAAACGGUCGGUUCCGUGGUCAACAGCGUCGGGAUGCCGGGGGCUUUAUCUGGCAAUGGCGGCUCGAGUAUCAACUUGCCGGUGACGAAGCCCACCUCUUGGGCUGCUAUUGCUAGCAAACCUGCAAAACCUCAGCCCAAGAUGAAAGCAAAAAGCGGGCCUGUAAUAGGUGGGGCUUUGCCUCCUCCACCUAUAAAGCAUAACAUGGAUAUAGGUACUUGGGACAACAAAGGCCCUGUGGCCAAAGUUCCAACUCCCCAGCAGAUUCCAUCUCCUCAGUCGAUCCCACAGCCGCAGCUCAUUCAGCCCAUUCCUGCCCAGGCACCUCCCCUGACCCAGCUGCCGUAUCAGAACCCUCAGCCGCCCCCACCUCAAAACCGGUGGGUGGCGCCCCGCAACAGGAACGCAGCUUUCGGCCAAAGCGGGGGGACCGGGAAUGAGAGUAACUCGUCGGGGAGUAUUCCGGCGAACUCUGUCCCUGGCGGCGAAUCACACCCUGUUCUUGAAAAGCUGAAAGCUGCUCACAGUUACAACCCUAAGGACUUCGAGUGGAACCUUAAAAAUGGACGCGUGUUCAUAAUAAAGAGCUACUCCGAGGACGACAUUCACCGCUCUAUCAAGUACUCCAUUUGGUGUAGCACCGAACACGGCAACAAGCGCUUGGACAGUGCUUUCCGCUCCAUGAGCAGCAAGGGCCCUGUCUACCUGCUCUUCAGCGUCAACGGCAGCGGACAUUUCUGCGGAGUGGCAGAGAUGAAGUCGCCAGUGGACUACGGCACCAGCGCCGGCGUCUGGUCUCAGGACAAGUGGAAGGGGAAGUUCGACGUCAAGUGGAUCUUUGUGAAGGACGUGCCCAACAACCAGCUGCGGCACAUCAGGCUGGAGAACAAUGACAACAAGCCGGUUACAAACUCCCGCGACACUCAGGAGGUGCCCUUAGAAAAAGCGAAACAAGUGCUUAAAAUUAUUGCAACGUACAAGCACACGACCUCCAUCUUUGAUGACUUUUCUCAUUAUGAAAAACGCCAGGAAGAGGAGGAGGUGGUGCGGAAGAUUGAAGACAAGUCUUCAGCUAACUCCAAUUAUGAUGUCCAAAUGUGGUUGCCUUCACUGACUGAGGAACGUCAGAAUCGAAGUAAACAAUAAGAAUAGACAUAUAUAGCUUGAGAUAUAUAUGUAUAUAUAUAUCUGAUAUUAAAUUUGAUUAUGAAAAAUUGAAUCUUUUUUUUAAGUACUCUGGUGCCGUAUUGUGGCAUCAGAAGACUGAAAAGCUUUCGGCUCCGAUAUCUUUUUGUGUGUGUGUGUGCGUGCGUGUGCAGGGGAAAUUCAAUGGUUGCAUCUUUAAGUACAUUGUAAUUUUUUUGUUUUGUUUUUUGCCCAGGUGAAUAUGCGUUAAUUUGUAUCUUUUCUAUGUAAAAUGCUGUAGAAUCCAUUAAUAAAGGUGUUUCCUGUUUUUUAAAAAACAAUUUAAGUUGGUUAAACAGUUUCAUAUAAUAUGUGAUUAUAAUUGAAUAUUCUGAAAAUAUGAGUGUCUCCCAAAGACUUCAGCACAAAAUUAUGUUUUCUAACCUGGAAAUUCACCUUAUUUUUUAUCUAUGUACUA